AUGUCUAAAACCCUGCUCUCUCACAUUAGACCGCUUCACCACCCGAAACCCAUUCAGCGAUCUUCUUCUCCGCUUCCAUUGACGAGCAACUUCAGAAUCCUAGUCUACGAUGUGCUGCGAAUCCUCAAAACAGAGCAACGAUGGGAGGAGUCCCUUGAUUCCCUCUUCGUGUCGACGGAAACCGAAGUUUCGGAGGUAGCACACUUCGUGUUCGAUAAAAUUCGUGAACCAGACUUGGGUUUGAAGUUCUUUGAUUGGGCAUCGGCGAAGUCGGAUUGUGGUGGCUUUACUUUUAAUGGGUCCGCUUGUUCUUCGCUUCUGAAACUACUAUCACGGUUUCGGUUGUUUGACGAGGUGGAGAGUUUGUUGGAGACUAUGAAAUGUAAAGGCUUGACCCCUACCCGUGAAGCAUUGAGUGUUGCUAUACAAGCAUAUGCGGAGGCUGGGCUGGUCGAUAGGGCUCUUGUACAUUACAAUGCUGCAUCAGGUGUUUAUAAUUCUUUCCCUGAUGUUAUUGCUUGCAAUUCAUUGCUAAAUGCAUUAGUGAAAAGUCAUAAGCUCGACAUUGCACGUCGAAUUUAUCAUGACAUGGUUCAGAGAGAUGAUUUUGUGGACAACUAUAGUGUUGGUAUUCUAGUAAGGGGCUUGUGUAAGGAAGGGAAGGUCGAGGAAGCUAAGAAGUUGAUGGAACAAAGCUGGGGCAAGGGUUGCGUCCCACAUAUUGUGUUUUAUAACAUCAUGAUUGAUGGGUACUGCAAAAACGGUGAUAGUGGGAAGGCCAUUAAGCUUUUCAGAGAGUUGGAAUUGAAGGGCUUUUUGCCUACCUUGGAGACAUAUGGAGCUCUGAUUAGUGGACUCUGUAAGGAAGGAGAUUUCGAGGAAAUUGAUAAGCUAUUGGUAGAAAUGAAAGAGAGGGGCUUGAAUGCUAAUGUUCGGCUGCUUAACAAUAUCCUAGAUGCCAGAAUCAAACAUAAUCAUAAGACUGAGGCAUCAAAGACAAUCCGUUGGAUGAUCGACAAUGGUCGUGAGCCAGACAUAGUGACUUAUAACUGUUUGAUCAGUGGUUCAAGUAGGGAUGGGAAGUUGCAAGAAGCCGAGGAACUUCUACAAGAAGCUAUCAAGAAAGGACUCGAGCCAACCCUUACUACGUAUACCUCUCUUGUACAUAUUUACUCUCAACAAGGGAAUUUUGUUAAGGCUUCAGACCUGCUGAUUGAGAUGACAAAGAAAGGCCAUACACCUGAUUUGGUUGCUUACGGAGCUCUGAUUCAUGGGCUGGUUUCCACCGGGGAGGUGGAUGUUGCCUUGGUAGUUCAAGAUACUAUGAGGGCAAAGGGAAUUGUCCCUGACAUGACUGUCUACAAUAUUCUGCUAAGUGGUCUUUGCAAGAAAGGAAGGCUUCCUGCAGCAAAGAUUCUGCUGGCCGAGAUGCUCGAAAAAAAUUUAUCCCCUGAUGCUUUUGUCAAUGCCACUUUGGUUGAUGGGUUCAUUAGAAAUGGCAAACUUGAGGAGGCCAGAAGAAUCUUCGAGCUCACAGCUUCGAAGGGUAUUGAUCCUGGCAUUGUUGGGUAUAAUGCUAUGGUUAAGGGUUAUUGCAAAUUUGGAUUGAUGAAUGAUGCAAUGUUGUUUCUUAAAAAAAUGAUGAGAGGUGAUCAUACUCCAGAUCAAUUCACGUACUCAACCAUCAUAGAUGGGUACAUAAAGCAGAAUGACUUGCAUGGUGCACUCAGGAUCUUUGGCCAGAUGUUGAAAAGGAGAUGCAAACCAAAUGUUGUCACAUACACUUCUCUAAUAAACGGUUUUUGCAGAAGUGGAGAGUCCGAUACAGCUGAAACAACUUUCGCUGAGAUGGAAUCAUGUGGCUUAGAGCCAAAUGUAGUUACUUACACCACACUCAUCGGAUCCUUCUUUAAGGACGGUAAGCUCAGAAAAGCUUGCUUGUAUUUUGAUCGAAUGUUGUUUCAUAAGUGUGUCCCGAAUGAUUUUACUUUCAAUUAUCUGGUAAAUGGGUUAUCACAUAAUGUGGCCGCAUUAAGAGCUGGGGAAUGCCAGUUACCAGUUGGUGAAGAAAGCCCUCUCUGUCAGCAGGUUUUUGGGUGCAUGAUAUCGGAUGGAUGGGAGCCCAGAGCUGCUGCUUAUAGCUCUGUCAUAUUCUGUCUCUGCCGAUACAGAAUGGUUGAUACUGCAAUAUACCUGUGUGACAGGAUGAGGAUUAAGGGGUUUGUUCCAGAUCCUGUCUCUUUCAUUGCCAUGCUACAUGGACUUUCCUUGGAAAGAAGAUUACCAGAGUGGAAGACAUCAAUACCUUUCAGUAUAAGUGAAAAGGAAGUACGAACAGCCAUCAUGUACUCUCAGAAACUGAACCGAUUCCUACCAACAGGAUUCAUGGCAGACGCUUUGCAUAUUUUGUACAAUUCCUUGGAAGAAGAUCCAGCUCUAUAUUCACAGGGUUAG